AAUCGAUCGACAAAUGCUUUCAAUGAAAGCUUCGUUACAAUUGGUUUGAAAUUGACGUCAAAUCACUAUCACUUGCAUUGCAUUCACCGCUCAUUCAGUCGUCUAGAGCAUGACUUCCGCAGCGAUUGAAGUGUUUGUCCGUCCGAUGCAAUCACUGAACACUUCCAACGAUCACAACAUUUCCGGUGAUUAUUCAUGUGAUAGACUAGUCUUGAGUGAAGACCAACAGAGAGAAGUGGUUAUCAAACUGUUGGAAGAGUUGGAAGCGUUUGUAAACGAAGACAAUUGCAAUGAAAUGAAUUGCAAUGAUUUGAUCGAAAAGAUCUGUCAUUGGAUUAAAUGGAAAGCGCGUCAUCUUGAAGAAGACGAGUCUUUCAGACAACAACUGGACGUGUAUUUCAAUCUCCUGAGGAAUGUCUUGAGAAACUUCAAACUGAAUGCUAUAUCGCGCGCAUUGAUACUGGAAGUGAUUGAGUUGAGAGCCGCCAACUGGACUAAUGUGGAGGACAUCGACAGGUAUUAUCGCAACAAAUUGUCUCAAUUGAAAGCCAAUGACACGUCGUGUGCCGGCAAUGACUUGAGUCGCUCCAAGAGUUUGCAAUCGUUU